AUGCUGUCACUUCAAACAGAGGCUCUGGCCCAAGCGCCUCAUGAUCCCUUGGGCCCCUGGGCGCCAGGCCUACGCUCUCCCUCCGUGGCUCUCAAGCAGUAUCACCGCUGCCUGGCACACCAGGACGUGGUGGACUUGCUGCAACAGCGUGUGGUCCUGCUGGUGCAGGAGAGCUCCCGGGACGCGGAGCUGCUGCGGCAGGUCGGCUCAGAGCUGCUGUGCCUGCAGAGCUCUGAGGUGAAGCUGGAGGGCCUGGUGGAGGAGCUGCACGCUGAGGCACAGCACAGAGCUGGGGUGGCAGAGAGACUCCAGGCAGAGCUUCACACUGAGGCCCAGCGCAGGGCUGAACUGACAGAGAGUCUCCAGGCGGAUCUGCGCAGUAAGACACAGGAGUUGGAGGAGCUACAAGACAUCAACAAAAUUCUGACAGAGGAGAUGAAGGAUUUAAGCCGAGCUCAUCAGAAGGAGGUCAGGGAACUGCAGAAGGAGAAUGAAGGAAGUCUGAGGAAACUGCAGGAGACUGCAGAGCAGUUUGAGUGGUUAUGUCAGCAACAGCGCUUCUGGAUGUGUUGUGUUAAGAGAUUCAAAGACUGUCUAAUGGAGGAGAGAGAAGCUCUGCUGCAGCAGGUUGGCAUGUUGGAAAAGAAAGUUGAUAAACUGAAGAGGAGCUCACAUGAUGACAGUCCCACACAGACCCUCCACUUCCCCCUACAGGACACUGAGGGCUGUGACAGCAGUAUAACAUCGUGGGAUGCAGAUUCAGUAGCUGACUUGGCAUCUCAGGUGGAGAAGUCAAACUUGUUGUAUGAGGAGCUCUUUAACCAGGCAGGGAGUCCUAUCAACGGACACCAAAAACCUCCUUGAGGACAGAAGCCUGGAGCCUGGACUCAUCUUUGCUUUCUCUUCCCACCUUCUCCAAACCAGAAGAUAAUGACUAGAUGUUUGUGUGUGUGGUUAGCU